UAAAAUAAGUAAUUUAAAUAAGUAUUUUUUGUUUUUAAAAAAUUACUUUUAUUUAUUUUACAAAUGUAAAAUCGUAUGUUACUGUGGAUAGUGGGUGGCGAAUCUUUAAAGAUUUGAGAAUUGAGAAUCACUGACCCUGUUGUAUAGUAUUCUAAAUGUAGAACAUUGGUUACGAUAAGUGGUUACUAAAAAACAUGUUAUGUACGUUAUCUCUUAAGUUUCUAUUUGUUAUGAUUUAAUAUUUGAUAAACUGCAUAAUCCAAUAAUCAAUAAAAAUUUAUCUGAUAACAAUUGUCUUAUAAAAUGCUACACAGUGACAGUACACUCUAAACGGUCUACUGUAUUAAAGGUCUAUUUAAAAUUCCGAUUUUGAAACUUUGUUUUAUAGCUUAUCUAAUACUUUGUGUAUUACUUUAAAAUUAUUUAAAAUAAAGUAUAAGUUCUAUAAUAUCUAGAUAUCAAUAUGCAGUCAUCUCAGACUGGCAUGGUCGGUCAACAAAGCUUUAAUGUGGGGCCUGGUUUACAAUCGAAUAUUCAGACUCAGGUUCCUGGUCAACACAAUGUAUUGGUACCACAAGUUCCUCUCAAUCAAAAUCCCGUCGGUGUUGGUUCCGUUUCUCAACCACCAGUACCACCUUCCAACCAAAAUCAGUCAGCAUCUGGUCAUCAAUUUAAUACUGCAUCUUUGUGUCGUUUUGGACAAGAAACAGUACAAGAGAUAGUAUCUCGUACACAUGAAGUUUUCCAGAUACUUAAAGUUCUAAUGCCUCCAAAUGGUACUCCAACUGGUGCUAAUAUGAGUAAUGAAAGACGAAUUAAAAUGCAAGAUCAAUUGAGGAACAUAAAAUUACUAUUCAAACGACUUAGAAUUAUAUAUGAAAAAUGUAAUGAUAGCUGUCAAUUACAAGGUAUGGAAUACAUGCAUAUAGAAGGUUUGAUUCCACUCCAAGAAGAAUGGGACAUGAAAUCCGAAGAAAGGAAAACUAGUGAAACUUACCGUGUUGCUAGCGAUGAAAUGAAAGAAGUAGCAGAACAAUUAAGUAAUAAGAAUAGACAUUUAAAAGAAAUUAUUGACCAUCUUAGAAGAAUUAUAUGGGAAAUAAAUACUAUGUUAGCAAUGAGGAGGUCUUAAUAUACUUGUUUAAUUAAGAUGGUAAACUUAAUUUUCAAAAGAAGUAUAAUCUGGAUCUAUGCAUAUUUAUUAUUUGUAAGAUAAUUUUGUUAUAAACUAAAAUACACAUGAAUGGUUUGGUCUAUAACCAUUAUAUAUAUAUUAUAUAAUUUAAAGAUGUAAUUAGAAUCA